GAAGAAGAAGGAGGUAAUGAGGGGCCAGCGCUUUGGGCUGCGCGUAGACCAGCUGACCGGCAAGAAAUCACUCAUUGAUGAACCUAGAGUGGGUGGGCCAAAGGUCUAUCUGAUAUAAAAUGCUCAGUCCUCUCGGCGCUUCUUCUUUUCGAUACUCCAUUCUUCAUCUUCGUCUUUUGUGUCUUCAGUGUUCUACGCGGUGCUGGUGUUCCCUGUGUAUCCAUUCUUUCGCCAUUUGAUUCAUUCUUUCCAAGUCUCAUUCUAUCUAUCUUUACUGCUGGCCAGUAUUUACCUACCACUCUUUCAUCAUGCAUUUCUCCACCUUCACUCAAGCCCUGACUAUUGGGCUUCUCGCUGCCUCGUCCUUUGUUGUGGCUCAGGACACCGGUGCUCUGGACGUUGCCAAGCGCUUCGUCGGUGGUUCCGCCAACGCUGCCUCUGCCUUUGUAGCCUCCGUCCGCGCUCUCGAAUCUCGCGAGCCACAUCACAAAGAAAAGGGCGCAAAGAGUGGCAAGACAGCCAUCGCUGGAGCCGCAGCAAAUGGCACCGCAACCACGGCUGCUGCAAGCUGUGUUAGAGCUCCCCACCACAAGGGAAAAGCUUGUGCUCGCGACGUCGAGAUUGAAGCCCGUUCUCCGCAUCACAAAGAAAAGGGUGCUGCCAAAGGCGGAAACGCUGCCACCGCCAGUGCUGCUACGAACGGAACCGCCACCACUGCUACCACCGGGAAGACGAACUGUGUUAGAGAUCCACAUCACAAAGGAAAGGCUUGUGCUCGUGACGUUGAGGAGAUGGAGGCCAGAGAUCCUUCACCGCAUCACAAAGGAAACGCUGCGCCAGCUGCAUCAGCUGCCCCUGCGACGGCCAGCACGGUGACGACUGCAAAGACGAACUGUGUUAGAGAUCCACAUCACAAAGGAAAAGCUUGUGCUCGUGACGUCGAAGAAAUGGAAGCCAGAGAUCCCUCGCCGCAUCAUAAGGGCGCAAAUGCUGCACCAGCAGCCUCCGCCGCCCCUGCGACAGCCAGUGCUGUUGCCACUACGAAGACAAAGUGUGCAAGAGACCCGCAUCACAAAGGUGCGAAAGCCUGUGCUCGUGAUUUCGACGAGAUGGAGGCCAGAGAACCAGCACCACAUCACAAAGGAAACGCUGCCCUAGCUGCAUCAGCUGCACCAGCAACCGCGAGCACUGCUGCUACUACGAAAACUAAGUGUGUUAGAGAUCCACAUCACAAAGGUGGCGCUGCAAAGGCUUGUGCUUAGAUUGGGAUUGGGGAAUGAGG